AGGCGGAUAACAUCAGAACAGCCCGGAAAAUGUGAUUUGAACCGAGGAUUUCACUCAACACAAUCGCACGCGCUUCUUGUCAAACUUGCAUCGCUCUACUGGACUUACCGCUCCACUUAGACAAGCCGUCAAGUUCUGUCCUGGACCUAUUAUUGAGAACAUCUUGAACAAGUCUCACCACAAAGAUAACGGUGGCUAGACUUAUAUCGGGAUGCCUAGGGUAGACCACGACAAUGCUGGCCGGUCUUCUGACAAGAGCGGACCGCCGUCGAAAACCCGUAGCUGCGUGACUUGUUACACGCGAAAGGUCCGCUGCAACAAGGAGUCACCCUGCUCAAACUGCCGUCGCGCAGGCGUUCCUUGCAUUUUCCCAUCUACAGAACGGCCUGUUAGGUGGGCUCGCCGUUACGAGCGGGCUGGGACCGGAUCUGCCUCAAAACACGCAGAAUCAGAGAUAGCUGACGCUGCGACUCCCCAAGUCCUGAAACGCUUGAAGGGUCUCGAAAGUCUCGUCAAAGACUUACGAGGACAGCUGGAGCGCGCGAAUGUUGCCGCUGGGUCCUCUACCGGAAGCUCGCCAAAUGAGAGUUCUCCCAGGGGUUCUGCGAAUGAUGGUGGCACCAAUCGCGAGGCUGGGGUUUCUGGUUCUGACGCUGGGAAUCUGAGCGAUAAGUUUGGGAGAAUGGUGGUCAAAGAUGCACGUGGCGGUCGAUAUGUCAGCAGCGGGUUCUGGUCUCGAAUAUAUGAUGAGCUUGAUGGCCUCGAGAACGAUAGUCGUGGACUGCUUCCGGACAGAUCCUCUGAUUCAGAGGAUGACGAACUGCCUGCCACUUCAUUGACAAACGAUGAAAUUGAUCGGACACCGUGGAACCGAAACGCAUUUUUGUUCAAGCAGAACCUAAACAUGACAGGGCCUGAUUUGCGAGAGUUGCAUCCACUACCGUCACAAAUUCCGUAUCUUCUUGACAUCUUCCAGGAAAAUGUCAACUCGAUCAGCGGACUUAUUCAUUGUCCCACAGUGGCGAAGAUGCUACGCGACUCCCAAAAGACUGGCUUGAGUCCUUCGGACGAAUCUUUAGCAUUUUCAAUAUACUACGCAGUAGUGGUAUCUAUGGAAGAGGAAGAUGUGUUGUCCAACUUUGGCGUUCCAAAGAUUGACCUCAGCCUGAAAUAUCGCAUGGGGUUGGAAAAUGCCCUUGCCAAGGCCGAUUUCCUCAAUGCGCCAGACUUGACGCUCGUACAGGCUCUCACCAUAUUCAUAAGCCUGGCUCGCCGUCACGACAGUCCGAGGUUUGUAUGGAUGAUGACCGGUAUCGUCAUUCGGAUGGCACAAGCCAUUGGACUGCAACGGGACGGAUCUCGUUUUGAGCACAUGACACCAUUUGAAGUCGAGAUGAGACGAAGAGUCUGGUGGGUCCUAUACACGAUGGAUAUCAGAUCCUCAGAAGACCAGGGAAUGGAGUAUACAAUCGUAAAUGGCAGUUUUGACACCAAAUUUCCUCUCAACAUUAAUGAUACAGACAUCAGCCCUGAUACUAAGACCUCCCCAAAGGCUCGUGACGGUCUGACUGAUAUGACAUACCCCCUUGUAUGGUUAGAGAUGAGCGAAGCAACGAAGCAGAUGAUGAACAAAAGCACUAGCGGAGCGCUAGACAUGGCAGAGCAAGACCACAUGAUGGACGAGGCUUACCAGAAGCUGAACGGUGGAUUACUGCGGUACAUGGACGAAUCCAGCGAUGCUGUGUAUCGUAUCGGUGUUGUGAUUGCGCGCAUCGUCAUGGCAAAGAUGACGCUCCUCAUACACAUGCCGAUCCUGUUUUCCGAGACAGACCAACGACUCACCGCAGAGCUCAGGAAUCGUUUGUUCGUAGCAGGUCUGGAGAUUGCCGAGUAUAACCAUGAGUUGAACGAGGAACCAGCUGGUCGUCGUUGGCGAUGGGUCUAUCAAGUAUAUUCCCAUUUUUGGGCAAUCAUCUUCAUCUUGUUGGAGGUGUCUCGACGGCCAUGGUCACCUCUUGUUGAACGAGCCUGGCUUGCACUUCACAGCCCAUGGCUCAUUCCGGCUCAAUCGAAAGCUGACAAAACAUCUCAGAUUUGGGUACCGCUGCGCAAGCUGCUAGCCAAGGCGAGAAAACACCGCGACUCCGAGCUAGGUCGGCUUAGAAGUGAUGCCGAGGCAGCUUCUCUGCUGUUGAAAAGUGACGAAACGUUGCCCUGUCCAUCGAGCCCUGGUCUUUUCACGGGAGUAUUUGAUGUUACUGAGGUCUAUAGAGAACGCUGGCGCCGGGUCUUGGGAAUCUCCACCCAAGCCAGGUCUGUUCAAGAGCCUGAGCCUAUGACAGCACCAACUCCAACUGCCACAAAUACGCCUUCAACGCAAGGCCUCCAAGGGUAUCCACUCCAAGGCGAUGUGUACGCUCAUGGACCCAUGCCACACGAUCUUGACCUCUUGUACAACACUAUGCCAAUGGAAACGGGCAGUGAGAACAUAAUUCAAUACCCCGUAUGGCAGGAAUCCGGCAUAGUAGACCCCUCUAGCACAGCAUGGCCUAUUGAUCCCAGUUUCCCUGCAUGGUUGUGGCAAAACGAGGAUCCGUCUCUUGGUGCUGCUAACCUUAACUUUGCAGCUGCUGAUACGAACAUGGACCUCGACGUUGACUGGUACGACUGGAUCAAAUCUACCGGAGGCAUGGGUUGAGCUCACCUAUUCGGACGACAUGAACAGCUAGUCGU